CGCGCGCGCGCGUGUGUGUUGGGAGAGAGGGGGGAUAAAAAAGACAGGAGACCGGGGGGCAGCAGGCUCGAAGCGGCGGGCGACACCAAGCCAUGGAGGGCGAUGUGCGUGUUCGCGCAGUGGUGAUGACACGUGACGACUCUAGUGGCGGGUGGGUGCCCCUGGGAGGUGGCGGCCUCAGUCAUGUGAUCAUCUGUAAGGGGCGGAGUCCGGAGGACAAGGGGCGGAGAGACUACGUCAUCCGCGGAGAGAGGCUGCGCGAUCGAGCACCAGUGCUGGAGUGUGCAGUGCAGAGGGGGCUGGUCUACAACAAGGUGAACCCCAUUUUCCAUCAUUGGCGUGUGGAGGACAGGAAGUUUGGCUUGACAUUCCAGAGUCCGGCGGAUGCCAUCUCGUUUGAGCGAGGGCUCCACAGCGUCAUCGACAGGCUGGACAGAGAGUCAGAUUCCCCUUCCCCCUCCACUCCAGAAGAGGGAGACACCGAAGACGAUGGCCAGGCUUCUCACACAGAUAGUGAGUCGUCCUCCAACAGCAGGAAGGAAAUGCUGCCGAAACCCAUCACCAUAGUGACCAGUGAGUCCUCUUCCACCUGUUUUGUGAGAUCUGCUGCAGAGGAUUUUGGGUAUGGAGCUGGACACACAGUGCCCACACAGACCCCUGCUCAGAUCCACACUCGGCCCGUGCAGCAUCAGCCCUCACAAGUAACUGCUAUCGUGAACCCCCCGGCGCCCCCGCCCCCUCCACCUGCUCCCCCCACCCCUACUGUCCCGGCCCCUACUCCUUCUCCUCUCUCCCCCCUCUCCCCGACUCUCUCUCUGCUGGAGGAGGGUGACCUGCGGAGCCUGGACCCCUGCAAGGACCUGUGGGGCUCACGGGGAUACGAGGAUUACCGGCGUGCGGGGGCGGCGCGGACUGCCAUCGGGGGGCUGGGGGGCGGAGUGAUCGUGGGAGGGGGCGGCUCGCAAGACAAGUCCGAGCUGUGCGUGGUGCGCUUUGAGAAGGAGCUGGCGGGCGUCGGGGUCACGGGGUGCGAGGUGAUGGUGACUCUGGACAGCAAAGGCUCGCAGCGCCACUCCUCUUCCUCGCCCACCUGCAUGUCCAACCCCAACGCCGUGUCGGGCGCGCCGGGGGUUGGGGGCUCGCCCCAGGACGCCGGCAAGGGCUCCCCCUCCCCAUGCUGCAUCCACACCUCCCUCGCCACGCCCCGGUCACGGACUCGGAAAAGAGGCGGAGGGGGCGGCGGAAGUGACUGCGGGCUGGGCCUGGGGGGCUCCUCCGCCGCGGGCGGGGCCAUCUCCCCCGACGACGACAGCCCCUGCCCCCAGGCCUCGUCGUCCUGCUCGUCCCGCUGCGUGUACUGCCGCUCCGUCUUCAGCGCCUCGGAGAACGGGCGGGGCCGGUGCCGGGACGCCCCGGACCCCGCCCUGCACUGCCUGCGCCAGUGGACGUGCGUGUGGUGCGCGGAGAGCCUCCUCUACCACUGCAUGUCGGACUCGGAGGGCGAGUUCUGGGAGCCCUGCUCGUGCGAGGACUCGCUGGGGGGCCGGCCGCACCCGCUGUGCUGCGCCCGCUGGAUGGCGCUCCUCGCCCUCUCCCUCUUCGUGCCCUGCAUGUGCUGCUACCUGCCCCUGCGUGCCUGCCUGCGCUGCGGGGAACGGUGCGGCUGCUGUGGGGGCAAGCACAAGGCGGUGCGGUGA